AUUUAAAUUAGAGCCCUGUUGCCUCUGAAGGGGCUGCAAGUACUUGCAGAUUUGGAAAAGAUGCUGGGAGACGGGAUUUUGGCAGACCCCAAGAGAGACUUUUACAAGGACCUUGCGUUUCCGGCUAAUGAUGAUUCUCUCUUUUACGACUGCUCUACUCCGUUGGCUCAGUUCAAAGGGGAGAUUUAUUGGCUGAGACCUCAGGAGAUCUGUUCUUCACCUCGAUUAUUUUCAGACAAUCAACAUGAGUGGCAGGUCAAGCAAGGGAUGCUGGGAGAUUGCUGGUUUCUCUGUGCAUGCGCCGCUUUGCAGAAGAAUAAAUACCUGCUAGCCAAGGUUAUACCUCCAGGUCAGCCCAGUUGGAGGGAUGAGAAAUAUAGAGGAUAUUUCACUUGUCGUGUCUGGCAGUUUGGGCACUGGGUGGAGGUCACCAUAGAUGAUCGCCUGCCUUGUCUCGGGGGCAAGCUCUGUUUCUCCCAGUGCCAGACGGAAGAUGUGUUUUGGCUACCCCUACUGGAGAAAGCUUAUGCCAAGGUCCACGGAUCUUACGAGCAGCUCUGGGCAGGCCAGGUGGCUGACGCCCUAGUUGACCUGACCGGAGGCCUCGCGGAACGCUGGUCCCUGAAAGACCUGAGCCCAAACACGGAACGAGAGAGGGCAGGCAAAGUCUUGGAGAAGACGGUGUUCAGGCGGUUGAUGAACCUGAAGGAGAAAUGCGUCAUGAGCUGCUCGGUCUUUAGCUCACGGGAAGGGACCAGCCAGCUGGGGGAGUUCCACGCCUUCAUUGUCGUCGACAUGCAAGACCUCUCCAAGGUGUCCAGGAAGGAGACUGUCCUGCUGCGGAUCCACAAUCCCUGGGGGAGGCGCUGUUGGAAAGGGCCCUGGAGGGAGGGUGGUCCAGGAUGGAGUCAGCUGGAUCCUGUGGUGGCCGCUGAACUUCUGUCCCAGAUACAGGAAGGAGACUUUUGGGCCGAAGAAGAGGAAUUUUUCACGGAAUUCGAUGAGGUCAUCACCGGUUACCCGGUCACGGAAGAAGGGCAGCUUCAAAGCCUUUACACUGACAGAGUGCUGAGCCACACGCAGAAACUGUAUGGAUCCUGGGUGCGGGGACAGUCUGCGGGGGGCUGCCGUAACAACAGCACCUUCCCGACGAACCCCAAAUUCUGGCUGAGAGUCUGUGAGCAGAGCGAGGUGUGCAUCGCCCUCCUGCAGAAACCCCGGAAGCACAGCACGGAUUGGGCGGGCCGAAUUCGGUCCUGGCCUCGCUUUCCAGAAGUCGAUCCCUCCUUGGUGGUUGGCAUCCGAGGGAAGAACUACCAUGCCGUGGGCUUGCACAUAUGGAAGGUUGAGAAGAAACAGUUUAACCUUCCAAAGACUCUCUCUGCUCCCCCAGUUUCGAGCACAGCAUGCCAUUCUUUCAACCGAGAGGUGCAUCUUCAUUGUGACCUUUCUCCUGGGUACUACCUGGUUGUCCCCAGCACUUUUCUGAAUAAUGCUGAGGGAAACUUCCUGCUUCGGGUCUUCUCCAGUGGAAGAAUUUCUCUCAGUGAGAUCAGACUGCCAGUGCCUGAUAACACCAUCCAUGAAGAGUUUCCAGGGGGCGAGUGGGAGACGGCUCAGCUGGAGGGAUCUUGGAGGAAAGGACAGAAUGCAGGGGGCAGCAGGAAUUUCCCCUCCUUCCACACCAAUCCCUGCUUCCCUUUGUCUGUUCCUGCCGGAGUUGGGCAAAGGAGCAUCAAGGUCGCUGUCCGCCAGCAUUGCCCAGAUAACAAGUGCCGUCCAAUUGGGUUUCAUAUCUUCCAGGUUCCCAGUGAUAACAACCAUGUGAAAAUGCCUUCCACAGCUUUCCUGCAAUUGGAGCCAGUGGUUAGUUGUGUGCCUCAUUGUUACUCCCAGGAAGUAAGUCAGACGUGCCGACUGUCUUCAGGAAAUUAUGCCAUUGUCCCAUCGACAUACUUGCCUGACACCGAAGGCAGUUUCACAGUGAUUGUAGCAACAAAAAUAGACAGGAAGAGCCUUUGGUGCAAGGAGACUUUAGGACAAAGGUUACAAGAGGUCUCUUUCAAAGCCGUGAUGAAAAUUUAAUUUGGAAUCAGUGCAUCUGCCGCAGGAGGAAACGACAGAGACCUUUAGAAGGAGCAAAGCUUGUUUCAGUUUAAAUUGAAAUCAUUCCAAAUGUAUGUUGGAUCGAGAAGCUUCCUUCGGUUUGAGGAACAUCCGUGACUCUUAGCCAACUUUUCUGUAGAAACAAACUGAGUGACAUCCCAGCUCAAGUUAGUCUCCCAUUUUUAAAAAAAAUAUAUGUCUGAAUUUCAACUGAUGUUGGAGUCUUAGGAGUCUCUUCCUGGUUUUGCCUGUGUAUCUAUCCCUGUCUUUUCUUAUUUCAGCCACCUUUAAAUAUCAGUGAAAAGUUUGUGUACAUGUGCUGUGUUCAGACUGAUUUUUGUUCUGUGGUGGUAAUACUCUGGCUGUGUGUGUGUGCUUGUAUGUUCAUAGCGAUCAGCACUUGUACAGAAAGGUCAGUCUAUCAACGAAAAUUGAGGGAAUGAUGGUGGGACAAUAAUGGAAGGUUGCAAGUUCCAGAAGGGAGUUUAACAAGCAAAAGUUGGAAUAUGCAACAGUUGGAUUUCGUGGGUAUUCAGAAGGUUUUGAAUUUGGACUAUUCGCAUUCUCCUCCCCUGCCUCAUCUUGAGUUUGAAACAGGAAGUUUUGGUCAUGCUGGAGGUGUUUUGAACUUGAAACAAAGGUACUUUGAGCUUGAAACCCUUUCUAAAUGAUCAAAAUUGCCUGUUCAAAUGCGAGUCAGCUGUUUUGAGAUCGAAGAGAGACGUUUUACAUUCAAGAUCAUUCAGAAUUCAUGUGUUUUGCACACCACCAAUGCUGGGUUCCUUUGUUCUAUAGAGCUCGAGGGCAAUAAAUAUAGGGCAUAAAUUUGGUUUUAGACACUUACGUGGCUUAUGGACAUCAGUGUCUGCAUGAGGUUGUCAAGGCAGGGUAGGUGACAUCAUGUGUGCCCUGAUGUCAUGUAAAUGAUGUGAAUUCUGCAGUUUAUGUAGUUACAUAAUUUAUGAAGAACGUAAGUUGCAUUGUUUGCACAAUGACGACAUUGUGGCUUGGGCUGGACUCCUUAUCACAUGAUAAGUCUGCUCUAAACCAGGUUCAGCUUGUGUAAACCUGGUCUAGGCCAGCCCAGAGACAUUAGCUCCCCAGAUGCUUCUGAACUGGGGUACUGUUUCUCCACUGUGGAUUCUCUGUUUUCGUUUUAUAUUGCAUUUUUUCUCUUGCGCAUCACCUGCAGUUGCUGUCGGUAUAGACAAACAUCCCUCACCAUUGAUGGGGAACUGCUACAAUGUGUAGUCGAGCAACACUUGGAGCACAUUAAAUUCCCCACAAGAGCCCAACUGAAGCAGAAGACGGCAUAGCAAACCUAGAGACGGGUUCCUCUAUACUACUAAAUCUUCCUGGUUCUCUGUGCCCUGCCCAACCCUUUACAUUCAGAUGUUCCCCGAGAAAGAGAUUGCACAAAGAUGGGUAUUGGAAGCACAGGGAGAAGAGGGUGGCUAAUGGCUUCCUCUAGGAUGUGUUUCCUUGGCAUUUUUUCAGCCUCCAUUCCAGUCCACCCCCCGUUUGCUUCGCCUUCCUCUUCUUGACUCCAACAUCUUCUGUUUUUUUGUUACUUAAUGAGAGUCACAUUCACUGGUCAAAGAACAUCUGGAAAGAAAAAAAUGCUGUCCUUUUCCAGUCCCUGCCAAAAUACACUGCCCCAUUUUGCUCUUUGUUAUCCAGGUAAUCGAGACUGUGGGGUGCUAAAGUGCAGCCAUUCAGGAUAGUGAUUUGCAGAAAAGAUUGAACUCAAUGGGAUGGGAAAGAUCUUUAUGUUGUUUCUGGCAGGAGAGGGUGAACAGGCGAGUUGGAAGUAUCUUGUAAAAGUGAUAGGAAGAAAUGUGUUUUCAGGCAAAAAUAUAAAUCUGGGUUAUUAUUUUGCUGUUCUUUUUGUGCACGAAACAGUAGUUCAUACAGUACUGGUUUUAUUUCCCCAAGUAUCCUCGGAGAGCAUUUUUUAAACAAGAUUUUGAAGCACUGUAUUUUUGUUUUAUUUUGUUUUUAAAUAAGUGAGGUGUUGUUGAAAUGUCUUUUGAAAUAAAAAAUGAAAAUGUAAAA